AUGGUCUCCCACGAACUAGAGCAAAUGAGGAGUAUAUUGGAAGAGGCGAUUUUGGAAACGCGCAGCAUGCCUCUCGAAAAUCGACCGCAACUUCCCCGCAUACCCCUAAGCAAGCGAAAUCGGGCUGUCGUGAGGGCUCUUAACCCAAUGCCGGUACCCUAUUUGGAAGCCAGCCUCACCUUUGCGAGACGGACUCAGUUCUUUUUGGCGCUGCAGUGGCAGCUUGCCGUAUUAUUGGCGCCAAACUUCCCAUGGCUGGACGCGCUACUAAACAAAGUAGCGCCAUCCCAGCCUGGAGAAAAAGAAUUGAGGACCGUAUCGCAAAGGCAAGGGCCCUUAUCGGCAGACUGA